AUGGACACAUGGUUCCGGUGACAACACAAGUACUUAAAAUGACGGACACUUGAUAACAGCACUUGUCUUUCAAACAGAUUAGACUGGCAACUCUGACAGACAAAACAUUUUGCUUUACUGAUCCACAAAAUGGAGAAAAUCUUCAUCUUUUACCCACAUGAUUCUACAAAUUCUUGUUUAAUUCAAAAACCUGAAAUAAAAAUGUGAAAGAAAUUGUUUAUGAGGGGCAGUUAACUUGUAUCUUUCUUGCAGCAGUGCAGUGAAACGGACCGCCGCGCAGAACAAAACAUUGAGUGAGCGGUUAUCACUGGAGGCUUCACGAGAGGCUGGCAGGUAUGCCGGUGGACUCAGCGCCCACAGGUACUGAAGCUCAGGGCGGACACCCAGGGUUACGCCGACCGCCGUCUGGAAUUUGUCGGCCCCGUAGAGCAGCUGUUGAUGGCCACGCCUCCUCCAUGAUUUCCCAUCCACCCGCUCACCAACCCGAAUUUCUGCUCCUCCUCCACCUUCCGCCUAUCUCUGCAGUCCGUUGCCCAGAUGGUGUGUGCGGUCACUUAUCACACCGCCCGACUACUCGUUGCCUUCACCUGUCAUCCCCAUCCCGUCCCCUCUCUCCCCCACCCCGACCCCGCCGGCAAAAAUCUACACCCCCUUAUUCCACCCCUAACCCUGACCACCGCCACUGCCAUUCCACCCCGUGACAUUUAGCCUCCCGAACUAUAUCCACUGCUCUUCUGUGAAAGGUGUGGGAUUGCGGACGCCAGAGGGAGAGAGUGAGUAGAUGAUAAAAUGAUCUGCGGAUCAAAUGCAUACAUGAUAUGGAGUUUAUCAUGCGAUAAAGCUGCUGCGGCGCCCUGACUUUUCUUUGUGCGGCCUGCUGCACGACGAGGCGGUGACAACACCUGCAUGCGGGCGGGUUGAGGGGAGUCAACACUGGCAACGACCGCUGGUCCCUGUAUUCCCUGAUUUCAUUCUGUGACAUCUUGACUCUUUAGUACCGGCCCUACGUUUACACUCUUGUUAUUUUUGUCAUUCUUAGAGACAGAGAGGACUGUAACACUAUCCGCUAGCCAGUGGUUGAGACAAACUGUAUCUCAUUACUCCUCGACGAGAAAACCAGCGUGGCAAUGGUGACUGUUGUAAUCUGUCUCUUGUGAGUUUCAAAAACCACUCGUAUUAAUCAACACUUACUUUAGGAUAAGUAUAAGGUGGCAUAAACGGCAGCAGAGAGUCAUCGAUAUAGUCGUCUACGAUGCCAAAGAUUCCAGUGAUGUCGUCAUCAACUUCAUCAUCUUCAUCAACCUCCACAACAGCGGAGAAGACUGAACCCAGACCAAAAGUGGACCCGAGCUUCAAGUCCAAGCGAUACAGAGACAAACUACGGACAGAGGUGAAGGCACUGGAGGGACUUCUGCCCGUGGAUCGCACCUCUCUCAGCCGCAAACUGGACAGCCAGACAGUCUUCCGGUUGGUCAUUGCCUUCCUAAGGACACAGGGCUACUUUCAAGCACUUGGAUUUCAAAAUGGACAGACAGAAGCUGCAGAUGAUGCUGUAGAUGAUUAUCAAGAAAAUGCACAAGAUGUUCAAGGCAUAAAUGAACUGGUGAAUGGAUUUUCUUGUUUACAGGUAAGACAUACUAAUGAUAUAACAAUCAUUUCACACAGAUGAAUAAUUAUAUUAGGCAAUGUAAUUAUAACGUUAU